UCCAGCUGUGUGACGAUGCAUCUGUUUUGCACCUGCUGCGUCCUAUCUUUCUCCCUGCUGAUGGCGUCACCCCUGGUGAGUGCCACUGUGUCCGACAGCUUCAAAGUCUGCAGCCAUUUUUUCUACAUGCAGACACCACCUGCAGGGAUGAGGGGAGCCAGCCCGAGGAAGAUCUGCCAGAAGUAUUCAGACAAACUCCGCUACGCCACCUUGUAUGACAGCAGUCGCCGCCUCCCCCUCUACUCAGCCUACAUCUUUAAGAAGUCAGAUGGGAAGAGGAGAAUGGACACACCAUGGAUGUAUGAGCCACAGUUGGUUUCUGAUGACGAGAGUGGCAACAUGAGAGCACUUCCCCUCACGGAAGAUGCCCCCCCUCUGAUCGAGGACAGCCAGGCUGUGCUGGAGGACUACACAGAUGCUGUAGAAUAUAGACGUGGCCCACUGAAUCCAGACUUGCACCAAUCAGAGCCCGAUGACAAAUCCUCCACAUAUACUCUGACCAAUGUAGUCCCAUUAAUCACAGACUUCCUGGACACUUCCUGGAACCCAUACUUAGACAUCAUCCGCCGUCGCCUCAACAACUUCUGCCACGGCAAAUCUUUCAUGGUGACAGGGGUGACCAUUUCUGGGGCGGCCAUCCAGCGAGAUAACAGGGACCGCCUGGCAAUCCCAAAACACGUAUGGCUGGCAUACUGUUGCCCACGGUUUGACAAUAACUCUCCAUAUGAGGUGAGGUUCAUGUUCCCUAGUUAUGGGGGCUAUGCACUGAAUGACCAGACCGACCACAGUGUGGUGGAAGUUCCUCUGAAGACUCUCGAGAGCUUCCUGAAGAGCCAAACAGACAUAGAUAGUGACCUGACUAUUUUUCACAAGGGUUGUGUGUCAGAAAACACCUUCAGGAAGAAGAGAGGCCUGACCAGUGUUGCUCCAGGGUCAGAUAUAGACACAUUCAAUCAUUUGAAGCAGCUCACAGAAACACACUUAAAUUUGACAGCUUUAUCCUCUCACCAGAGCAACAUCGAAGCCCACCUGACUAUGGCAUUUUGGGUGCAGACGGCUUUCCUGCUUAUUAACAUAAUAACAUCAGCGGUAAGAGGGAGAGUGGAGAAAGAGCUGUCUCCAGAGUGCAGAGAAUUCCUCUACAUGGGAACAACUCCGACUGGGCUGGAGCACCACUCCCUCCAGUUCAUUUGUCAGCGUUACAACAAGAAAAUUCGCUAUGUGACUCUGUACAACACCGUGGACCAUAUACCCGUCUACUCUGCCUACACUUUCAAACGCUCAGAUGGGGAGAAAUGCGUGGAUGUCCCGUGGAUGUAUGAACCACAGCUCUCCACCACCUCUGAUACAGAUGAGAUGCAACCUUUCCCACGUGGUUACAUGCAUAUGAAUUUUGAAGAUGCCCAAGCUGUUCUGGAUGAUUAUACGAACGCUGUGCUUUACGAGCGGGGAACCCUCAACCCAGACGAGCAUCAGGACGAACCGGAUGACAAGGCCUCCACCUACACCCUCACUAAUGUUGUGCCCAUGGCGCCCGACUUCAACAACAGAGUCUGGAACAAACAGGAGCACAUCGUUCGCAAACGGCUUAACAACUACUGUCGUGGGACAGCUUACAUCGUCACAGGUAUCACCACCUCUGGGAAGAUGAUCCGCCGGGAAAACAUGAACCGCAUUGCAGUGCCCACAUACUUGUGGUCCGCUUAUUGCUGUGUUGACUACGACCACAAUGCCCCUUACAACGAGCGCUAUAAGUUCCCGUCUUUUGCUCACUAUGGCCUCAAUGAGGACGAGAACAACGAGGUGGUGGAAAUCUCCGUCCAGAAGCUGAAGGAGUUCCUCAAGAAGACAACCUUUGUAGAUCAGAACUUUCAGAUCUUUGUAGGCGACUGUAUGCCACCAGCGUCCAUUACUUCCAAAUAGGCCAAUAUUUAGCUAUAAAGCAGCUGUUCUUCUUCAAUAGGCCUUUUUAACAGCACACAUUUUGACUCGUCACAGGCAGAAAAGCACUGGUGUUACUGAUAACAUUAACAAUGGCUCUGUUCAAGUGUCUCAGUAAGCCAUGACAAUGUAAUAGUGAGUCAGCAUACACAAUACCAGGUCCCUGAAGCAGCUCAGUGGAUUUCAACCGUGAUUCAUAUUGUGGUUUACACCGGUACUUUUCCUGCUGUGAAAUGUCAAAAUGUUUUCUGUGAUAAAAGUCUAUGGCCUAUUGGAGGAGCUUAAUUAAGUCAUACAAAACAUUUGUAUCAACACUAAAUACACACUGUCAAGUUAUUUUGAAUACUGUACAGAAAUGUAUUCACUGCUGAAAAGUUCCACUGCUUUGUGUAAUUUACAGUAAUAAACCUUU